AUGCGAGUGUUAGAGUUCGCGAAUGCAAACCGGCUGGAAAAGGCGGUGGCCGCCGCCUACACCUUCCUCCAGAGGAACCCCAAGCACGAGCUGACCGCCAAGUAUCUCAACUACUACCGGGGGAUGCUCGACGUCGCCGACGAGUCCCUCACGGACCUCGAGGCCCAGCCCUAUGAGGCCGUGUUCGUUCGGGCGGUGAAGCUCUACAACAGCGGAGACUUCCGCAGCAGCACCGAGGACAUGGAGCGCGCCCUGGCGGAGUACCUGGCUGUCUUUGCCCGCUGUCUGGCUGGCUGUGAGGGGGCCCACGAGCAGGUGGACUUCAAAGACUUCUACCCAGCCAUAGCAGAUCUCUUUGCAGAGUCCCUGCAGUGCAAGGUAGACUGUGAGACCAACCUGACCCCCAACGUGGGGGGCUACUUCGUGGAGAAGUUCGUGGCCACCAUGUAUCACUACCUGCAGUUUGCCUACUAUAAGUUGAAUGAUGUGCGCCAGGCCGCCCGCAGCGCCGCCAGCUACAUGCUCUUUGAUCCCAAGGACAGCGUCAUGCAGCAGAACCUGGUGUAUUACCGCUUCCACCGCGCUCGCUGGGGCCUGGAAGAGGAGGACUUCCAGCCCCGGGAGGAGGCCAAGCUCUACCACAACCAGACCACGGAGCUGCGGGAACUGCUGGAGUUCACGCGCAUGUACCUGCAGUCAGAUGAUGAGAUGGAGCUGGAGGAGACAGAACUUCCUGUGGAGCCUGAGAACCCCCCCUCUGACUCUGAGUUUGAGGGGGAUGGUGACUAUGAGGAGGGCAUCUAUGCCAACUGGUGGCAGGAGCCGGAUGCCAAGGGAGACGAAGCUGAGGCUGAGCCAGAGCCUGAACUGGCAUGAAAAGGAAGUCUUCCUGCACCCAAGAGCUGGGAAACCUGUGCCCAGUGGUACCACCCCACCAGCCUGGGCAGCAGAGAGAUCUAUUUAUUAAAAAUGCAGCAGGGCCAUGGACCAGGCCCCAUCCUGCCUCGCCGGUGAGCGCUGCCUUCUCUGUGUCUCUGGCCCACAGGUCUAUGGUGGUGCUGCAGGUUGGCAAGUCAGCCAAGGGGCUCCGUCCUCCUUCCCCCGACAGUGUUGUGGAGGGGAAGGGUCCAGCUGCUGGCUGGAGCCUCAGCCCAAAUUGCAGAGGGUCAGCAACGCCAUCAAGAGCACUGGGCCAGGAGUCUAGCGGUUCUGGUGGACUGACUAUGGUGCUCAAUAAACAUUUGUUGUUGAA